GAGCGUGACGUCACCAUUGUUUACUUUCACCUAAGCCACGCCCUCUGUUAGCAACUUGUGGCUAGCACGCUACCGACGGAGAGCACUGCCCCGAGAUUCAUUCUUCAGACACCACCCCGACUCAAAAGACUGUCUGCCCGCACAUAAUUCGGUCAGUAAAGUCCAGAUGCAUGAGUCUGGGUCAGAACCAACAAGCCUCACCAUUCCAGCAAGUCAGACAGAGAACGGGAAUAAUACUGAGAAUGAAAGUCGACUGAGGAGCAGCCAGACUCCCCCUCCAGAGGCACCCAGGGUUCCAGUGUCGUUGUCCAUGAUGACCCCACCAGCAGAGGCCCCACAACAGCUGCAGCAGCAGCAGACGCCACAGCAGCAGAUCCUCACUCCCCAGCAGCUCCAAGCCCUGCUCCAGCAGCAGAAAGCACUCAUGUUACACCAGCAGCAAAUUCAAGAGGUCUUCAAGAAUCAGCAAGAGCAGCUCAAUAUCCAGCUGCUGCAACAGAAGAAUGCUGGGAUUGUCAGUCAAGAGCUGACAGCCCAGCAGAUUGCCAUCCAGCAGCAGCUCCUUCAGGUGCAGCAGCAGCAUCUCCUCAACCUGCAGAGACAAGGCCUGCUGUCGGUCCUUCCCACCAGCCCAAUUACAGUCCCAGGCUGUGAGAAUGGUAACAUCCUGUCCGCUGGUGGAGACACAAGAGAGUCUUCCACUCAACAAUCUGCCAGCAACGGUCAUCAGAAUCUUCUGAAGAGGAAAGAGAGUGGGUCACUGGAUGAAGGCACACAGAAUAGCCACCCUCUUUAUGGAAAUGGCAUGUGUAAAUGGCCUGGCUGUGAGACUGUCUUCGGAGACUUUCAGGCAUUCAUCAAACAUUUGAACAGUGAACACACGCUGGAUGACAAGAGUACAGCGCAGUGUCGUGUUCAGAUGCAAGUGGUUCAGCAGCUGGAACUGCAGCUGAAAAAGGACAAAGAACGGCUGCAGGCUAUGAUGGCUCACCUCAAGUCGUCUGAGCCCAAACCCGCAGUGCAGCCUGUCAAUCUGGUGUCUAAUGUAUCCUUCUCCCAGGCAACAUUGCCCAAAGGUCCUCCUCCUGUGAGCAUGUCUCAGAGUGCUACGGCGCCAUCCACACCCCUGACGCCGCUCUCUGAAUCCCCUUCAGUCCUCACUCCCAAUAGCAUGUUCACUGGAACCCCUGUACGGAGGCGAUAUAGCCGCUCUGUGAGCCAAGAUAUAGUUGAUAAUAAGGAGUUCUACUUGAGCACAGAAGUUAGACCUCCAUUUACAUAUGCUUCUCUCAUAAGACAGGCGAUAUUUGAAUCACCUCGCAAUCAGCUGACAUUAAAUGAAAUCUAUAACUGGUUCACAAGAAACUUUGCAUAUUUCAGGCGUAAUGCAGCUACUUGGAAGAAUGCCGUCAGACAUAAUCUCAGUCUCCAUAAAUGCUUUGUACGUUUGGAAAACGUAAAGGGAGCCGUGUGGACAGUAGACGAGAUCGAGUUCCACAGAAGAAGGCCCCAGAAGGCGGCUGGAAAUGGAUCUCUGCUGAAGAACUCACAGAACCGUCACAGCUUAGCUGGGUCUGCUCUUCAGGCUGGUGGUUUUGACAACGCUCACUUCAACCCCGCCUCUCUGGGCGGCAUCCCACUGCACUCCCUGCCUCAUAUCCUCCAGGAGCAGAUGAAUGGAGCCCUCGCUAAUGGAUCUGGAUACCAAAGUGACAGCAGCGCAACACAGUCUCCUCCACAGGCCUUCAUUAAAGAAGAGCAGGAGGACGAGGAGAUAUGUGAAAAUUAUCCCUACGAGUCUCCGGAGAGCACGGACGAGCAUGGCCACAGCCCGGAGAUGAACCAAGAUGAAGACAACAGCAGCCCGGACAGGCCCAGCCUUCAUUUAGAUCGCGUGCCUUCUCUCUGACUAUGAGGUCCGAGCUCUGUGCCGCAAAAAAGGCCUCCUCACUCACAGCCUGUGUGACUUUGUACUCCAAAAGUUUCCAAAAAAACAACUGCUUCAUCUACAUAACCAAACACUCUCUUCUUGGGGAAUUUUUAUUUUCGUAUUUAUCAGCAUUUAUUUUUUUUUCUUUUCUUUUCUUUUUUUUUUUGUUGUUAAUCUAGCUCUUGGUUCUUGAUGUACAGUAGAGUGAGAUCGCAACAAUUUCGUGAAACUGUUCAUGAUUUUUCCUGUUUUAUAUGUCUGUACACAAAAGGACCAUGAUGAGCAGAGAAGCCAAAGGAAAGGGAACACUGAUAGUUAGCACUUCACGAUGAAAAAGUUCCCCCUCGCUCUCAAUAGCUACUUUACGAUAUGGGGCCACACUACCUGAUUUUAUUUUUAGUAGUCAUGAUGUAUAAAACAUUUUUAGAGGAAUUAAAAAAAGAAGAAAAGGAAAACAUGUUGCUUUUAAAAUGUUUACUGCCAACAUGAUCAGAUAUAUUUGUAUUUAAGGUAUAAUCAAUUCAUAAAAAAGAAUAACGUAGCUUCUUUAUACUCGUUGGUCUUUUUCACCCAUUCCACGAAAAAACAUUGUCAAAUUCGCUCUGACGGAGCUUUUAAGAGUAGAUAACAUAGAUUUACCAUUAUUGUAAACCGAUGCAUCUCUAUGAAUAAUAAAUUCCUCAUGAUAAACGUC